AUGUGCCACAUUCCUUUAGUUAACUGCCUUGUUGCCAAGCCUCUGCCUCUCUUUCACAAGUAUUAUUGGCCAGGAGACCUCAUCAUUGGCGGCAUUAUAUCUCAUAUCUACAUCUCUUCUGAUGUGAUGACAUUCAAAAGACAUCCUCAUCAGGAACCAAUUGAUGACCUCAUUCUCUUCAGUGCAACGUGGACCUACCUCGCUUCUUUGGAGCUUCUCUCCACACGGGACAACUUCAUCCCUAAUUACAAGUGUGAUGCCCAGAACAUUCCAGUAGCAGUCAUCGGGGGACCACACUCUGAUGUCAGUCUCACUAUCUCAACAAUUCUCUGUUCCUACAAGAUUCCUCUGAUUGUUUAUGGUAAUCCUUCAAUGGCAAAUACUCACAUCCAAAGGUCUGGCUUCCAUUCUAUGUUCACCAAUGGGGACUUUCAAUAUAAGGCAAUUCUCCUGUUACUGAGAUAUUUCCGCUGGACAUGGAUUGGGGUUAUUUCUCUCGAGGAUGAGAGCGCAGAAAGGUUUGUGAAGGACGUGGUUCCCAUGUUUUCCCCGAGUGGAAUUUGUGUUGAAUUUAUAUCAAUAUUCCCCAGAAUACGUUUUACAAGUGACUUUACUGACGGGAUGGCUGAAGGAGCUGAAAUAUCUAUUGCUGUCAUGAGAAGCACAGCCAAUGCAGUGGUCCUACAUGGUGAAUUUGAGACAUUAAUGAUCUUGAGAAUGUUGAUUCACUUCUCAGAAUUUGCAGAUAUAUCAGUAAAGACAAAAAUUUGGAUUAUGAUGGCUGAGAUAGAUUUCACAUCAGUUUACUUUCAAAGAACCUGGGACUUGGAUUUCUUGCAAGGUGCAAUAUCUUUGGCAAUUCACUCCAAGCAGCCCCAGGGAUUCCAAAGAUUUCUUCAGAGGAGAAACCCUGCCUCACAUAAAGAAGAUGGCUUUAUCAGAGACUUCUGGCAACAAGCAUUUAACUGUUUAUUCUCCAACUCAGAGGAAGAUGACACAGUUGAGGGAGCCUGCACUGGCGAAGAGAAGCUGGAGGAUCUUCCUGUGUCUGUUUUUGAAAUGAGCAUGACUGGUCACAGCUACAGUGUCUACAAUGCUGUCUAUGCCGUGGCACAUGCUUUGCAAACCAUACCUUUCUCAACAUUCAAACACAGAACAAUGAUGGGAAGGCAGAAGCACAAGUUUGCAGGUCAUGAGUUGUAUCAGCUUCAGCACUUUCUAAAAUGGGUCUCCUUUAACAACAGUUGCGGGGAAGAGAUUGCAUUCGACCACACAGGUCAACUAGUGGCUGGGUUGGAUAUUAUCAACUGGGUCACAUUUGCCAACCAGUCAUUCCUUAGAAUCAAAGUUGGAAAGGUAGACCCAAAGGCUUCACCAGAUAAAAUGUUCACCAUCGAUGAAGAUGCCAUUGUGUGGCCAAGCAGGUUUAAUAAGACACAGCCCCUUUCUGUGUGCAACUACGGUUGUCGUUCAGGUUAUAGAAAGACCAAAAAGGAAGGGAAACCUUUUUGCUGCUAUGAUUGUUUUCCAUGUCCAAAAGGGAAGAUUUCAAACCAGGAGGAUAUGGAUGACUGUUCACAGUGUCCAGAAGAUCAUUAUCCAAACAAGGACCGAGAUUUAUGCAUUCCCAAAUAUAUAAGUUUCUUGUCUUAUGAUGAACCCUUGGGGAUGACUUUGGCCAUUAUGGCACUUUUCUUCUUUUGUAUCACAACUUUGGUACUCGGAAUCUUCCUUAAGCAUCGGGAUACUCCUGUAGUUAAAGCCAACAACCAGAACCUCACCUACACUCUCCUUGUAUCUCUCCUGCUUUCCUUCCUUGGUGCUUGCUUAUUCAUUGGCCAACCCAACAAAGUGAUGUGUCUCCUUCGGCAAACCAUUUUUGGCAUCGUUUUCUCAGUGGCUGUUUCUUGCAUCUUGGCCAAAACCAUGAUAGUGAUUUUAGCUUUCAUGGCCACCCAUCCAGGGUCCAGGAUGAGAAACUGGGUGGGGAAACGACUGGCCAGCUCCAUUGUGUUUUCUUGCUCCUUUAUUCAGACCACUAUUUGUGCUGUGUGGUUGGCAACCUCUCCUCCCUUCCCAGAUUUCGACAUGCACUCCCAGUCUAAAGAAAUUAUUGUGAAGUGUAAUGAAGGAUCCGUCACUAUGUUUUACUCUGUCUUGGGCUACAUGGGCUUUCUGGCCAUUGUCAGUUUCGUUGUGGCUUUCCUAGCUCGGAAGUUACCUGACAGUUUCAAUGAAGUCAAGUUCAUCACUUUCAGUAUGCUGUUGUUUUGCAGUGUCUGGUUGUCUUUUAUUCCAACCUACUUCAGCACCAAAGGGAAAGACAUGGUGGCUGUAGAAAUCUUUUCUAUCUUAGCCUCCAGUGGAGGAUUACUGGGCUGUAUUUUCUUCCCUAAAUGCUAUAUUAUUGUGUUGAGACCCGAACUGAACAAGAAGGGGCAGCUAAUAAGAAGGAAGAGUUAA